UUCCCCUUUUCUACAACUGAAGGAGCCCUAACCCUUCAUUUACUUGGUGACAUCGCCCCGAAGUGUCGGCAUUUCCAUGUGAAAUCGGCCGUGGCCGGUGCACCUUUGCGCAGAGCCGGGUUUAGUGCUGAGUCUGUGGUGCACAAAGACAGCGGCUCGCAGAGGAACUUGUUCAGAGUGAACCGGAGACGCUGGGAGGCGAAACAAACAACCUUCCGAGUCCAAGCGGCGGCCCCCGCGCAGUUUGAUCACUUCCACACCCGCAUUUCGUCACCCAUCCGAGAAAUAUAAGAGUGGUGGUCCGAAAGAAAUGGAGGAGAGCCAACUCCAUUUGGACACUCCACAUCAAGCACAGACCCAGUCCAGAGGAGAGAAAAGCCACCUCCCGAGCCCUCCUUCAGCCGCGGCGCCGUCCGAGAGCCGGGACCACACGGAGAGCCCAGCGGAGGAAUCUAACGGCCCCCAGUUCAAGCCUCUGUGGAAACCCAUCCCUCCUCUGAUGCCGGAGCCCCACAGAGGAAGCGCCGCCGCCACCAGGGACCAGAGCUGCCAGACGGAGGAGCAGCUCCAGCAGAGCGCCGCUCACGACGCAGGUGUGUGCUUGGAGCCCGGCGAUCCUCCUCUCCUCCAGCAGCCUCUGCAGACGUCCAAGUCUGGGAUCCAGCAGAUAAUCGAAUGCUUCCGAAACGGGACCAGCCAGCUGAGACACAUGCUCCUGAGGGAGGUGGACACCAUCUUCGAGUGUAAAGUGUGUCGCAGUCUGUUCAGAGGCCUGCCCAACCUCAUCACGCACAAGGAGUACUACUGCCUGGCGCGGCUGCCCGAACACGACGGUGAUGACCGACAGCUUCUGGCCGUGAAGGAUCUGCUGGACACCAUAUAUUCCAGGGACAGGGCGGACUUCGCGGUGCGACUAGAGCCCAUUCAGACCACCACUAAGGCGGUGUUUCAGUACGUCACCACAGAAGAGGAGCUGGCCAGAUACCCGUCACAAACAGCCAGCGCCAGAGAGAGUCCGGUGGCUUGGGAGGGAGAAGCAGCGGAGGGCGUGGACACCGCCCCGGCCAGCCAGCAGCCGGGCGGAGCAGAGAGCCAGAGCAGCCCAGGACCCAACCAGGGACAGAAGAAGUGGGAGGCCGAGGAGGAGGCUAAAGACGAGCAACCGCCGCCUGAAGACGAAGCCUCCAACAGCGGGGUGGAGGAUGUGACUAUCUCCUGCUGUCUGUGCGGCCAAGACUUCAACUCGCGGCGCAGCAUUCGCCGUCACUGCCGUAAAAUGCACCAGACGAAACUGGAGGAGCUCAGAAAGUUCACAGAAACGCGCACGGUUCCCACAAGCCUGCUGUCCAUGGUGAAAGGUCGACCGAGCACUCUCGCGUCGCCGACCGGAAAGUCCUGCCCAGUGUGCCUCAAAUCCUUCGCUACCAAAGCCAAUGUCCGCCGGCACUUCGACGAGGUGCACCGCGGUCUGCGGAGGGACACCAUCACGCCCGGCAUCGCCUCGCGGCCCGGCCAGGCCUUCUCGCUGGAAGCCACGCCGCCCCGACGGAGCAACAACUCCUCCCCGACGCGCAGCAACAAGUCCACCCCCGUCAGCUCUAAAACGCCCCCCGCCAACCCCAGCCCAGCCAAAGCUCCGAGUUCAGUCCCGUCGUCUCCGCAGCCCAACCCGGGCGUGUCGCGCUGCACGCUCUGCAAGAGGAACUACAGCUCUCAGCUCAUGUUGAAGAGACACAUGCGUAUAGUCCACAAGAUCUACAGCACCAAAGGUAACCGGUCUGCUGCCACGGCGACCGCCAGCACCACAGCAACCGCUAACAACAACAACAACAACAACAUCAGCAGCAGCAGCAGCACUAAUGUCGCCCCCAGCAACAACGUGAAGGUGAAGCAGGAGGUGGCGGAGGCCUCGGAGGAGGAGGCCGCUGAGGGCUCGGACAGCAGCCCCGCCCCGUCUCCCAGCGGCAGCGCCGCCACCACAACGAAAGCAGCUUCACAAAACGCCCCGAAGGUGAAGGAAGAGGAGCCCUCGUCGGCCCCGAAGGUAACGCCGCCCUCGUCUUCAUCCUCCUCGCGAGGGAGCGGCGGCGGCGGCAUCAUCAUCCCGGCCAAGAUGAACAAACUGUCGGUGGGCUUCGACUUCAAGCAGCUCUUCUGCAAACUGUGCAAGCGGCAGUUCAGCUCUCGCCAGAACUUGACGAAGCACAUCGAGCUGCACACGGACGGCAACGACAUCUUCAUCAAGUUCUACCGCUGCCCCCUCUGCCGCUACGAGUCGCGGCGCAAGCGGGACGUCCUGCGCCACGUCACCGUCGUGCACAAGAAGUCGUCGACGUACCUGGCCAAGAUCAUGCCCAAGCUGGAGAGCCGGGCGGUGAAGCGGCUGGCGGAGGUCGUGCUCAGCACCAGCGGCAAGAGGGCGGGCAGCGGCGUGAAGGAGGAGGUGAACGGACGCCCCGUCUCUUCCUCGUCCUCCUCCUCUUCCUCGCCUCCCGUCACCCGCAAACAAGACGGCUCCACCACAGGUCCGGCCAGCUCUUCGUCCUCCUCCUCAUCCUCCUCCUCUUCCUCCUCCUCCACCGCCGCCCCACCUCCCGCUCCCGUCACCCGGAAGCAGCAGGAGCUGUCGGCGGCGGUCGUCCCCCCGUCGCCCCCCGUCACCCGGAAGCAGGAGAGACAGCAGAACAGCCAGCACCGUCCCCUCAGCCCCCCGCUCACCCGCCGCAGCGAGAAGCACUCGCACCAGCGCAGCGCGUCCUCCUCCAACCCCACGCCCGCCAACCAGACCCCCCACACUCGGCGGCACGACUCCCAGUCCGAGAGCACGGGGACGUCCUCCACGGAGGUCCGGGUCACCAAGAACUUCUCGCUGCACGCUUGUGACCAGUGUGGACGAGCUUUUGCCAAGAAGCUGUAUUUGGAGUCCCACAAACGAAGCCAUCGAAACGCAGCGACGGCGGCAGCGAGCAGAAGGAAAGGAGUCAGCACGCGCUCCAAGUCACUGCUCUGGUGAAAGAGAAAGAGAGUUGAUGAUGAAGAUGAAGGACAACUAACCACUAAUGACAUAAAAAUAAAAAAUCCAAAAACUAAACUGGAAACACAGAAGAAGCACAACGAAGAGGUGAAAUCAUUAUAACAGAAAAGCUCAAAGGAGAGAUGGAGUCAAGCGUGAAGGAUUUAAUUUUUGUUGAAGAACCAAAAACGUUGGAAACGUACGUUGUUGUUUGGCUUCGUGAUGAAGCCAGCUACCCACAGAACGGAAACUCCUGCUAUGUGUUUAUACAUUUGGAUUUACAUAUGUGAAUAUGGAUCCAGUGCUUUGCUCCUUAUACCCCCUGCCUUUACCGAGAGCGUGACGUGUGUGUGAGAGUGUGUGAGCAGAGAGAGAAUGAUAUUGGGAGGGGAUCAGAACUGAAUUAUUGGAUCUGGAAAGGAGAAAAAACUAAGAUUGCCGGCUGUAUUUCCUCAUCGACGUUCAGUUUAAGUCGUAGCAUCUCAGAUCAGCUCUUUUUUUGUUACUUUAAUGUAUAUUCACAUAUUAAAUUGACUCUGACGCUGGAAACUACAUUCCCAUCCCGUUUUUCUUCUCUAAACGUCAUUUCCCUGGCAACUGAACCACCGGGGAGGAGCAGACUUUCACCUGCGAUUUCUUAUUUUAUCGUCAGAAAGUUUUUCUUCUCUGUUUUUCCUGGAAAAAGCAAUGAAAAUCUGUUUUGUUUAAGAUAUGAAUUCUCUGUUGAUUUUUGAAAAUGAAAUCACAUUUUUAGAUGUUUAAAGGGCACGGUCAAAGAAAGGCAACUAUGUUUUCGCAGCUUCCCUUAUAAAAUACAUGCCGGGGUUUCUCACAUCAUACUGAUGUGCUCCGUCUCCUCGGUUCAGACGGUUGCAUCCACCAGGGGAUGCUUUUAUAAAGGAGAAGGGACACACAAAUAAAUAUUUUUAAUCAAAACAGCUCCAUUCUAACCCUCUACACGGUGUGACGUGAUGCAUCUCUGAGGUGACAGGCUAUAAACGGGUUAUUACAGGUUAUUACAGGUCACAGCUGCCUUAGCUUUUACAAACAUGGAACUGGAGGCCUCGGUGUUGGUCGUUUCAGAGCCCCGUUAGCGAGCAUCCUUUUGUGCCUAAAGCAGCAGGGAAUCCACAGUCGGUGGCGAGGCUGACAAGGACGGGCUAAUCCAAGGGAAAUUUCUGUACCUGCGAGGAAAAAGUUCCAAACUGAAACUUUCUGGUCCAUCAUCACAUUAGCUUAUUUAAAUUAAACCCUCUGAUGCAUUUUCUUUUUUUGGGGGGGGGGUGGGGGAUCUAAAAUGUGUUUAAGGGAUGGAUGUUGAUAGCAGUUCCUGAAGGUAGUCUUUGAAACACUGGAGUUGUGAGGAAGACAAUGCAGAUAUGUCUUAAUGUUCAAACAGAAAGCCAUGUAAUGGAACAAGAGCAGAAAAAAAAGGAAAGACCAAACUCUAUUUUUCUAAGGGAAAACGCUUGUACAAGGUCUUGACUAAAGUCUACUGUACAUAUUUGAUUCAUCCUGCUCGGAUGAUAUAAAUGAUAGUUAUAUUAGUCACAUAGUUAACUGCUUGUGUUGGUUGACCACAUGCUUCGACAUAUUGGACCAGUUGCAACUGCACUCUUGAAUCUUGAGGCAAUUUUUUGCAAUUUUCCACCAUGAUUUGUGUUUUUUCUGUCAUAUUGGAUUUGAGGAAGAACACGUUUUGUUUUUGUUUGAAGGACAAAGAGCAAGGAAUCAAACCUCGAGAGGUGUUUUUAGAUUUGUUGUUUGUUUUGUUUCUUCUUAUCCUGACAUUUCUCCCAUCAUAAGUUGUAAUAUGUUAUUAAGCUCACUGUCUUGUAAAGUUCUAGGACGCCUUUCAGACGUGACAAGAAUGUUAAACCAGCCACUUAAAUAAAAAUUAACU